AUGAUCGCGCUCUCCUUGCUGCUCCUCGCGAGCGCUGCCAGCGCGCAGAUUUUAGUCGUCGAUUUCAACAACGGCGACGCGGCCGAGUCGUCGGGCAGAUCCGCGGACGGCGGCCUCGACGGCACGGUCACCGAUGCGACGGUCACGAUCGGCCCGGACGGCAGCGGCGCGCUCUACUUCGACGGCGUCGGCGACAACUCGGUGAUCUUCCCCGCCGCGGCGACGGCGACGAUCGGCGGGACCGCCGCGCGGACCGUGUGCCUGUGGGCGGACGUCGCGGAGUUCAACGGCGGCGCGCUGUUCACCUACGGGACCCACACCGUGAACGCCGAGUUCGGUCUCGGCGUGGGCACGACCACCGGCGACUUCGUCGCGCUGACGUCCGGCGAGCCGAACCUCGAAGCGACGGACGCCGCGCACCGCUCCGGCUGGCACCACUACUGCGCGACGUUCGACGGCGCCGGGGGCACGGCGGCGUCGCUCGUGACGGUCUACUACGACGCGGCCGUCCUGAUGGAGUCGACGACGCCCCUCGACACGGGCGCCACGUACCCGCUCUACGUGGGCAACCGUCCUCCCACGGACUCGGCGUCCGCCGGCGCGCCGUUCAUCGGCAGCGUCGACGACCUCCGCGUCUACGACUACGAGCUCGCGGCCGACGCGAUCUACCAGUUGUUUACGGCGACGCCGGCGCCCGUCGCGUCGCCGACGCCCGCGCCGACGCCCUGGCCGACGCCCUGGCAUCCGACGCCCUGGCCGACGCCGGCGCCGACGCCGUGGCCGACGCCGGCUGACCGGCCACUGCAAUAUGAAACGCCGUCUCCGAGUUCCUCCGGCGCGUGCCUCUGCCACGGCGCCGAGUUCCUCCGGGGCGUCGUCAUCCCCGGCGACGACUGGGCGGGACGCCAGUGCGACAGCGAGGAACUCAGCUGGGCCUGCCUCGCCGACGCCGACGAAGGUGGGCGCCUCUAUUUGGCGGAGGCCUGCUGCGGCACCAAUACGUCCUGCGCCGCGGCGCCCCAGGUCGCGAGCGCCAAGUUCGGCGACUCGGGCGCCGUCGUCGUCGUCGAGCUCGACGCCGCGAGCGACCGCGGCGACUACGGCGGCGCGACGUUCCCGUGCGCCGACGCCGUCGAGGUCUUCGGUUGGGAUUCGACGCGACGCCUCGACGACACGACCUGCGUCUUUCUGUCGGACUCUCAGUUCGAGAUGGUCUUGCCGUCGACGUCGGCCGUCGUCCCCGGCGACGCCGUCGCGCUGUUGGUGGACGCGAUCGGGCCCAAGGCGGGGGAACCCUGCGGUUCCAAUGCCUGGUCGACCCGCGCGACCGUCGCCGCCCCCGACGACCCGCCCGAGGUGCGCCUGGCGCUACCGGCGAGCCCAGUGACCGCGGCGGCGUGCGACGGCCUGACUUUGGACGCGUCCGCGACGUCCGGCGGCGGCGGCCGGGGCUUGGCGUUCGAGUGGUUCGUCGACGGCACAUUCGCGGGCGACCGGAGCGUGCUCGCGGUCCCAAAUCUCGAUGCCGGCGACUCCUACGCCGUCGCCGUCGUCGCCUCGAGCUUCCUCAACGUGACGGCGCGCGCGGCGCUCGUCGUCAACGCCGUCGCCGAGGCCCCGCCGACGGUCGAGGUCGAGGGCGGCGCCGAGGCGUCCAUCCGCCGCUGGCAGGCCCUAUCGCUCUUCGCCGUCGCGGCGCCGAGCGCCGGCUGCGGCGGCGAGUCCAUCGCGACCUACGCCUGGGAGGGGCCCUUCGAAUCGACGUCGCGCGACCCGCGCUACUUUUCGCUGCCGCCGUCGACGCUCGCCGCCGGCUCGACCUACGCGUUCGUCGUCACGGCGACCGACGACCGCGGCAACUCCAACACCGCCACCGCGACGGUCGAGGUGCGGCGGUCUGGGGUCGUCGCGGCAGUCGACGGCGGCGACCGGUCCGCGGCCGCGGGCGAAGCCGUAACGCUCGACGCGUCGCGGAGCCGCGACCCCGACGACGAGACGACGACGCUGCGCUUCGCCUGGACCUGCGACGGCCUGCCCUGCGGCGACGGCGCGUCGUCGUUGGCCGUAAACGCGCCCGCCGCGGGCGUCGUCGCGACCUACGCGGUGCUCGUCGCCGCGGCCGACGGCCGAAACGCGACGGCUUCGUGCUUCGUCGCGGGCGCGCUCGCGAAAUCGCCGCCGACGCUCGCGGCCGCGGCCCCGGCGGGCAAGGUCGACCCGUCGUCGCGGCUCAAGAUCGCGACGACCGUCUCCGGCGCGUCGCCGGGCACGACCUUCGCGUGGAGCCUCGAGUCCGGCGCGCUCGAGGACGGGUCGCUCGACGCCGCGGCGCUCGCGCCCCUCGUCGUCGAGGCCGAGGGCGACGCGCUCUCCGUGCCCCUCGUCCUCGCCGCGGGGUCCCUGACGCCCGGCGGCGCCUACGGCUUCCGCCUCGCGGCUUUUGACGACGACGACCUCGUCGCCUUCGCGUCCGUCGCCGUCGUCGCCAACGCCGCGCCGACGUCCGGCGGUUUAGACGUCGCGCCGCCGGCGGGCGCGACCAUGGACACCGUCUUUCUCUUCGCCGCCAUGUACUGGGCCGACGACGACGCGCCCCUGACCUACUCCUACUUCCAGCGCGCGACGACGCUCGCGUUCGGCACGUCGAGCCCGCACUACGAGACGUUGUUACCUGCGGGCGAACGGACGUGCGCCGUCGACGUGGCCGACGCCUACGGCGCGACGGCGUCCGCGGAGGCGCUCGUGGCCGUCGCGCCGUCGCAAAAGAACGCGUCGGCGCUGCGGAACGCGUCCCUCGAGGCCAUCGACGCGGCCUUUGGCGCGAGCGACGUCCAGGCGGUCUACGCGUCGCUCAACAUCGCCGCGACGAACGAGGUGCUCGUCGACGGCGGCGACGCGUCCGCGCCCUGCGGCGGCGACUGCGGCGCGAGCGAGUCCCGCGGCGCCUGCGCCUUCUACGACGCGAACGGCGACGCCGCGGACGAGGCGCGUGCGAGCUACGCGGCCUGCGCGUGCGCCGCGGGCUGGGCCGGCGACGCCUGCGGCCUGUCGCCCGACGACGCCGCGGCGACGGACGCGUACCGCGAGUCGCUGCUCGUCGCCCUCGCGGGCGCCAGGGACCUCCAGGACCCGCAUUCGCGCGACGCCGUCGCGCAGCAGGCCGCGACCCUGGAGGGCCUCACGGCGCCGCGGCUCUCGGACGGCGGAGCGCGGACGGCGCUCGACGUCGCCGCGGCCGUCGCCGCGGAUUGCCGCCUCGCCGGUCUGGGCGAGGGCGCGCGCCGCGACGAGACCGCGGGCGCCGUCGCCGGGGCGCUGUCGAACCUGGCGACGGGCCUCGACGACGUCGCGUCCGCGGACGCGUUCGCCGCGGCCGUCGACGCGCUCGCCGCGGCCCUCGUCGACGGCGCGGCCGCGGGCCAGUUCGCCGACGUCGCGACGUCGCCGCGCGUCGCCGUGUCGUCGCGGCGCGGCGCGGCGUCGACGCGCUUCCCCGCGCUCCUCGACGCUGACGCGCCGCGCGCCGCGCUCGCGCUCGAGGCCCCGCCCUGCGACGACUACGACCUCAGCCUCGUGUCGUUUUCGACGAACGUGCGGAAAUCCGCGGCGACGCCCGUCGACUCGGCCGUCGUCCGCGUGCUCUUCGACGACCGCUGCGGCGACGGGCGGCGCCUCGAGGGGAAGAAGGCGACGUCUUUCACGCUGACGCUGCCCGGCGCCGGCAACGGGAGCGCCUGCGCGUCCUUCGACGCGGGCGGCGACGACUGGGGCUACGACGACUGCGUGUUCGUGGAGAGCACGGACGGCAACGCGACGUGUCUCUGCGAAUCGAAGGCCGGCGCGGACUAUAGCACGACGAACCUCGAAUACUACCUCGACGCGCUCAGCGCGCCCAUCACGCUCGGCACGCUCCGGGACAAUCCCGUCAUCCUGACGACGCUCGGCGUCAUCGUCGGGCUCUGUGUGAUCGCGAUGGUGAUCGGCCGCUAUCUCGAUCGGCGCGACGCGGCGCGCGCGGCGGCGCUGCCCGCGCGGACGCCGCUGCGGCACACGACGACGUCCUCCGCGGCCUCCGACGCGAAGCUCAGGAAGCAGACGGCCAUCAACGUCUCGGCCGGCAUCGCGCGGGCGUCGCUGCCGGACUUCGUGCUCGGGUUGCACGACGCGCCUCGGUUUGGCGCGCGGCUCAUCUACGAGAACCACAGCAUCAUCUCGCUCUUUAGCGUCUUCGACGCGAACCUGAGCCGGCCCGCGCGCGCCGUCGCCGUGCUCUUCAACAUGGUCAUGAUCCUGGCUGCCGAGGCCAUGGCCUUCUGGAUCGAGUACCCGCUGGGCUACUGCGAGGACGUCGACGAACGCGACGCGUGCCUCGACCGGAGCCUCAUGUACGACGAGGCCUGGGCUUUCAUGUCCGGGCGCUCCUCGCCGCGGCGCGGCUGCGAGUGGCGCGACGUCGUGACCAAGGAGGACGGCCACCGCUGCGAGCUCAGGGUGCCCGACGGGCUGAGCGGCCGGUCGCUCUUCCUCGAGCUUUUGGUCGUCGUGCUGACGCUCCCGGUCAUGAAGCUCUUCGAUUAUGUAUUUGUACGCUACGUCAUGGCGCCGCUGCAGAAGUCCCGGGGCAAGGUCGAGCCCGCGCCGGCGGAAGAGGCGGGCGACGUCGACGACGCGCGCGCGGCCGUCGCGCGGCUCCGCCAGAAUUUGGGCCUCGCGCCGUCGCGGCCCGCGGACGCGCUGCGGCCCACGGCGGACGCGGUCUUGCGCAAGGGCUGCCAGGAGUGCCUCGUGCCCGUCAUGCGCGCGCUGCACGCGCGCGGCGUCGAGCUCGAGCACGCCUUCGACGCGCUGGGCGACCGGCGGUCGCGGCGCGCGCUCCGGCGGCUCCGGCGGGACCUCGGGCGCAAGUGGGGGCUCCCGCGGACGGACGUCAAGGGCUUCGCCGCCCACGCGUGGCGACGGCGGGAGGUCGCGCGCUUCGCCGACCGGGCCUACCGGCGGCUCGUCGGCAACGUCGGUUUGGCCGCGCGCGCGGACGGCAUCUUCGACGGCCUGCCCGAGCCCUACGACCGGUGCUGCCUCUUCUUCGAGCUGCUCCGGUGCGACGCGCUGACGCUCGUCGAGCGCGGCAUCGUCGAGACCUGGGGCGAGAAGCUCGGCGGAGAAGAAGUGAGUGUGACGGCCGUGUCCCUGCCGGCGAAGGCCGCGGGCGUCGCCGCGUGGCUCGCGGCCUUUCUCUACCCGGUCUACUUCGUGCUCCAGUUCGCCCAGGCUUUGGACGACCGGGGGGAGACGGGCUCGGAGCUCAAGCGCGAGUGGUUCCUCGACACGAUGCAGUUCUUGGUGUUCUGCUACGUGACCAUCGAGCCGUUGAUUAUCUUGAUCACGCAGGUCAUGGUGCCCCUGGCCGUCCGCGACAAGCUCCUGUUCCUGGAAAAUCCGGCGAACAAGCGCGUCGCCUACCGCACACCGCUGCGCGUCGAGCCGUCGGUGCUCGUGGACCUCGACCGCGUGGACGCGUUCGGUGCCGUCGGCGCGGACGUGCCGCGGCGUCUCGGCGAGGCCCGGGACCACCGCGCGGCCUUCGCGUCCGCCGCCUGUGAAGAGAAGGAGGAGGCGCCGUCGGCGGACGGCGCGCCGGCGAAGGACUCGACGCGACCGUCGCUCGGCGGCGCCGUGCUCGAGCAGUUCGUCGACCAGGAGGAGUCGGGCGCGCUCCGCGCGGCCGCCAGCGAGUUCCGCGCGUUCCUGGGCACCGCCGGCGAGACCCGGGACCUCGACGACGCGCACCGGGCCCGGGGCGGCGCCCAGUCGCUCUGGGCAUCGGGCGCCAUCGUCGCCUUCUCGCGCGCGGUCGUCUUCCGCCCCGCGUGGUACCAGCGGCUGCUGGGCUGGACGGGCGCGCUCAUCCAGUCGCUGCCGGAGAUCCCCCGGGACACGUUCCUCGAGGAGUACAUCGCCGUCGUCGUCUUUGCGUUGAUUGGCUUCGUGCAGAACGACGACCGGGCCCGGGCGGUCUUGAAUUCGAUCAAUUCGGCGAUCCCGGGCGCGGUCGUCGUGUUGGGCUGCAUGGCGCUGUGCUUCUUCAUCGUCGCCGGCGGCCUGCUGGCCAUCGAGGUCGUCGAGAAGGCCGACGCGGCGCGGGUCGUGGCCGUGGAGGGGCAUGAAUUAGGAGACGAAAACCUGGACCUCGAGGAGCGGCUGCACCGGCACCGCGUCCGCGAGGCCGCGGAGGCCCUCGAGAAGCUCUGGGCCGACUACGAGCGCGCGGCGGGCGCGCCGCCGUCGCCGCGGGACGCCUACAAGACCGCGACGGUGCCCUCGGCGCGGACCCUGGACGCGUUCCUGACGGGCUUUGUGCCCAACGCUACCAAGAAGCCGCCGCCGCUCGUCUUGACGGCGUCGGAGCUGAGUCUCGGGCUCAAAAGCCCGGAGACGCCGAACCAAGGGUUCCGCAAGGCGAAAACCGGUGAUCUGCCGCCCCUCGACGGCGGAUCGGACGGUCCCGACGCCCCCCGCAAGGCGAAAACCGGUGACUUGCCGCCCUUCGACGGCGGACCAGACCGCAAGGCGAAAGCCGGCGACCUGCCGCCCCUCGACGGCGGACUAGACGGUCCCGACGCCCCCCGCAAGGCGAAAACCGGUGACCUGCCGCCCUUCGAGGGCGGACCAGACGGUCCCGACGCGUCCGAGGCGCGCGACGCGGAGGGCGCCGAGGCGCCGGCCGCGACGCCCCCCUCGUCCGCCCGCGAGGUCAUCUCGUCCGCCCGUACCCGUCGUCCAUUCAUGCGUCGCCUUCUCGCCCUGUUCGUCGCCUCGGCGGCGGCGCUCGCGCCGCCGACGAAGCCCGUGACGCCCUUUCACGUCCACGUGGGCGGCGGCAAGCUCGGGUUGUCGCUCGUCGUGCCCGCCGUCGCCGCGUCCGGCGUGAACUUCGCCGUCGUCGACACGCCCAAGGAUCCCGCGUGGGCCGCGCUCGCGAAGGGCUCAGAAUUCCCGGUGCGCGUCAACGGCGUGGAGAUCUGCAGACUCACGGCCGUCGGCGACGGCGCCCGCGCCGGCGGAGGAAAUCUCGUCCUCUCCGACGACGACGCCACCCUCGACGCGCUCGUCGCAAAGGCGACGACGCUGUCGUGUUCGCUCGGCCCGUCGCUCGGACCCGUGAUGACGAAGCUCCUCAAACACACAACACACAAACCCAUCCUCUACGCCUGCGAGAACGACCACGACGCCGUCGCGGCCCUCACGCAGGCCUUGGAGGGCACGGCCACGGUCGUCGACUGCGUCGUCGACCGCGUGUCGACGGAUCGCGCCGUGACCGCCGACGGCGUCGCCGUCACCGCGGAGGCCUGGCCGGGCGCCAUCGUGCCCCUCGACGCCGCGGUCAACCGCGCGUCGGCGCCGCCCUUCGGGUCGAAGUUCGGCGCGGAGAUCCUCGCGCCGCGGUCGAGCGCGGCCGCGCGCUUCCUCAGCGAUCGCAAGCUAAAUUUGGUCAACGGCAUGCACACGACGCUGGCCUUCGCGACGAUCCGCGACGCCCACGCGGUCGUGCCCGGCGACCUGCAUCUGGCCAAACCAUCCUCCGCCGGCAUUAUCACGCGCGAGAUCUGGCACUGGGCUUUGGCGCGCUGCGCGAUCCUCGUGCGCGAGCACGGCAUCGACACGAUCAAGGAGGUCCACGGCCUCGACGACGACGACGCGGCCUUCGACGCGCUCACGGCCUACGCGCGCCAGGCCCUGGAGCGGUUCCAGCUGACGGACGACACGGUCGCGCGCGUGCUCGGCGGCGGCGUCGCGAAGCGCUGGAACGGGCGCCUCGCGGUCGCGGAGUCGAACUUCCGCCGCGCCGUCGCAUCGGAGGACCCGGACGUGUGGCGCUUCCUCGCGCGCAACGGCGCGAACGGCGGCGGCGUCGCGGCGGGCAUCGCCAAGCUCGUCGACGACACGACGGAGGCCUGCCUGAUCGACUACGAGGCCACGGGCGGCGACGACGACGCGUGCGUCCGCGACGCGAUCCCCAUCCACGGCUCCUUCCCGACGGCGGGCAGGAUUGACAUCAUCGUGCGGCAAGUGUUCGGUGCACGUUACUCCGUCUCCAAGGGGGACACGUCAGCAUUCGCGCCGCCGCCCGACACGUCGCUCGCGGCGACGCUCGGCAACGCGGAGAAAAAGCGCGUUUUCGGCCAAGAGGCCGCCUUCGACGAUAAAGUCGAGAUCAAAGAGUCAAAACGUGCGUGCCGCAGCGACUACGACCAGGACAACGUCCUCGCGACCUUCUCCUUCCGCUACGCCGCCAUCGAGGGACUCCAGAUCGCCAAGACGAACCCCAAGGCCUGGCAGGACUGGCAGUGGCACCAGAUCGAGGCCGCGCGCGUCGCGUCCCGCGAGCUGCGCAAGUCGCUCCGCGGGGGCUUCGCGGUCACGGAGCCGCCCUCGUACUUGUUCUCGUCGCGGCUCUCGCCGCUGGCGGGUGCGGGCGCGCCGCGCGCCGUCGGCGACGCGGCCGCGCUCGACGCGGCGCUCCGCGGCGAGGGCUUCAAGCUCGCGGGCGAGGCGUCGUCCUUCUUCGCGGCGUGCUCGCGCCAGCUGUGCGGCACCGCGGGGCUCGCGGGCUACGUCGAGCACGCCGUCAUCGAAGAGCUCGUCACCUGCGAGCGCUUCCCGCGCGAGCGCGCGGACCGCUGCUCCGAGGACGACUUUCAAAGGCAGCAGGGCUUUUAUUUCGACGACGAAUACGGCCACUUAUUUCGGAGCUCGAGGUCACCCAUCAAGACGGCGAAAGAAUGGCUCACAUUCGUCCAGGCUCGCCGCGCGGCGCACGACGGCGCGAUGGCGGCGAACCAAUUCUACGACGACGACCUCGCGCGCAGCAGCGACCCGCCGCCGCUCGUGCCCUUUGACCACGUGCUCGUGCGCGCGGCCCAGGGCUCCGACGUCGACUACGAGGGCGUCGUCCUGGCGGCCGGGUCCACGGAUACGGAGGUCCGCGUCAAGGAGGUCGGCAGCGCGCGCACGGAGACGCUGAGCCGCAACUCGAAGCGUCUCGGCGCGGGCCUCGCGAGCCGCCGCGGCGCCGCCGUCGCGGAGAUGCAAGUCGAAAUCUUCGCGCAGGCCUUCUCCAAUGUGUUUGGCGUCAUGCUCUACCUCCUCAUGGUCGCCGGCGCCGACAAGAAGCUCCGCGUCGUGCGCGUCAUGCCCCGCCCGGGCCGCCGCGUCCUCAUCAACGGCAUCGCGGUGGCGCACCUGGGCGGCGCCUUCGACUCCAUCGAACGCCACAACGAGAUCAUCGAGAUCCAGUCCGGGGACGAGAGCGACGAAGACGACGCGCCGGCGCCGCCGGCGCCGCCGCCGCGGAAGAAGUCCCGGACCUCCAAGUUCGCCAAGUUCAAGGCGGACCCCGGCGCCGUCAAGAGCGAGCGCCGCGCGUGAGAGCGCAUGCGUACUGGCAUCUGUAACUACACCCUCCUACG